AUGUUACUGCAAGAUGGUAGAUUUGACAGCUACACCGAGAAUUUUAAGGUGGAAGACAACAAAGAAGCAGCCGAUCCACGAGUAGUUGCAAUUGCUGUAGUGAUUAAAGAAAUUGUUUUGACUGAAGCGUUGAAGGAGUUAAAGGUGUUAUUUGAGUGGUUGGCCCACGAGAAAGAGAUAUCAAACAAGAAUUUGGUGAAAAAAGUGGAAGAGUUGUCGAACGUGGUGGAGGAAUUAAGGAGGGUAGUGAUGGAAAAACCUGUGGAGGAGAAUACCAAGGAAGAAGAUGAAGGGAAAAAAGAUGUGGGAGAAAAAGUUGAAGAGGAUGGAGAAGAUGAAGAAGAGGGAGAAGAAGAAAAAAAAUGA